CAAAUAAAAAUUUUAUGAACUAAAUUUGUAAUUUAAUGAAAAACAUUUCAAUUUAAAAGGUUGAACCAAAAGAUGAGAUGCAAUGCAUGGCUACAAAUACAGUGCCUGGAGCGACACAAAGAAGUGGGAGAGUAAAGGAUUUUGUGUGAAAAGCUCUUUAGAAUGAGGAACCAUUUUCUUAUCUUGCACUGCUCCCUCUUCACUUCUGUGGUCUCAAUUCAACAACCCAACAAAAGGUUGUGGAUCUUGUUUUUUCACUGAAGCACUUUGGUUCAGAAGCUGUAGUGCAGUUAAGGGAAGCACUUUCAGAGUAACAGUUUAGUUCCACAUCUUCUGUACUGAUGUCCAUAUUUAAGUGUUCCCGGAAACCAAAACCUGUAAGGCCUAAAUAUCCACGUGAUUUCUUUGUCAAAUUUGGAGCUACCCAACAAAAGAAAUGGCCGGAGAGAAUAUUGGAGAAAAUGGAGAGACUAUUGUCUGUUGUUCGGAAGAAAACUCUUGAUCCACAGGAGCCAUUCCUUCAGCAAUGGAACAAAAUAUUUGUGGUGUCUUGUGUCAUAGCAGUCGCUGCAGACCCUCUCUUCUUUUACAUCCCAGUGUUUAAUAGACAACAUCAAUGCCUAACCACUGAUCGCCCCCUUAUGAUCAUUGCUUGCAUUCUCCGUUCAUUCAUUGACAUAUUUUAUCUACUUCACAUCAUCUUUGAAUUUCGAACGGGUUUUCUGCCCUCUUCUUUACCUGAACCAGGAAGUGCUGAAUUAAUUCGAGGUCUAGCAGAUAUAGCAAAGAGAUACCUGUCUUCAAACUUCACUAUCGAUAUCUUAUCCAUUCUUCCACUACCUCAGCUUUUGGUACUGGUUAUCACACCUGCAUUGAAAGGCUCGUUUCCAAUGAAGACAAAGAAGUUUGUAAAGAUUGCAGUUCUUUUGCAGUACAUCCCACGGCUUCUCCGAAUAUAUCCACUAUACAAAGAAGUAGUCAGAACUUCUGGCAUACUAACAGAGAGAGCCUGGAGUGGAGCUGCCUUCAAUCUCCUUAUUUAUUUGCAAGCUAGUCAUGUAGUUGGUGCCCUUUGGUAUUUGUUUUCUGUAGAACAACAAGCAAGAUGCUGGCAUGAGGCAUGUAAGAAAAUUAACUGUACAAGCAAUUUUCUGUAUUGUGGAGAUCCCAACGGACAAGCUUACCUGUUUAUAGAUGCGUAUUGCUCUCAUAAAGAGUCUGAAGGUGACAAUGCCUUUGAUUUUGGAAUGUAUGCUGAAGCCUUUAAGUUCCACUUAACUGAGACGAUGAGUUUUCGCCGCAAAUUCAUUCAUUCUUUCUGGUGGGCUCUGCGAAAUGUUAGCUCUAGUGGACAAAACCUUGAAGUAAGCGAUUACAUGGGGGAGGUUCUUUUUGCUAUCUUUAUCUCCAUCCUCGGUUUGGUUUUAUUUGCGUUACUUGUUAGCAACAUUCAGAAAUAUCUGCAGUCAAGUAAUGCUAGAGUAGAGCAGAUGAGAAUUAACCGAAGAGCUAUCGAGAACUGGAUGCGACAACGAAUGCUCCCGAAGCCAUUGAGACGGCGUAUUAGACAAUUUGAUGAGUACAAGUGGCAGCUAAAUAGGGGAGUUAAGGAAGAGGAAGUGAUGAAUGACCUUCCAAUAAACCUCAAAAGAGACAUCAAACCUCUUCUUCGCUUGGAUGCUUGCUUGGUUAAUCUUAAGAAAGUGCCACUUUUUAGUAACAUUGAUGACCGACUAUUAGACUUAAUGCACGGAGAUCUCAAGCCGGUGUUAUUCACAGAGGAUAGCAUCAUUUUGCUAGAGAACAAACCAAUUGAUAUGAUGGUGUUUAUCAUAAAAGGAAAGCUGCGUGCUACAAGUCGUAGGAAUAUCAGUAAUUACGUUUCCAAGUCCGACGUCGUACUCGAGGCUGGCGACUUUUACGGUGAAGAGCUAAUUCCAUGGGCAAUGGCAAACCACAUCACUCCUCAUCCAAUUUCAACCAGCACAAUUAAAUCUCUGACCUAAAGUUGAAGCCUUUGCUCUAGAGGCUAAUCAGCUGCGAUCUGUGGUUAGUCAGUUCUGCAAGCAGCACCUCCCUAGCGAGCAAGCAUUGAGGCAUGCUCUUUUUACUGCACAAAUGUAUAAAUUUUACUACAGUUGUGCCCCCCCAUAUAGUUCUUGUAAUCGAUUUGUAAUCCUUGUUUUCUAGGUUCUACUCUAAUCAGUGGAGAGUAUGGGCAGCCUAUAAAAUACAAGAAGCUUGGCGUGAUUACUGUCAAAUAAAGCAGAGAGAUGGUAGGUUUCGAGAUUCAUUGGCUAAAACAGUUGGCACUUCGACAAGCUCUGCUGCCAAUCUAUAUGCAUCCAUAUUCAUAUCCCAUCUACUGCAAGCCGUGGAGCAAGAUCGAUGCCACCAAAUAUCCCAACACUCACAGAUGACGGUGCUAUUGCCGCCUCUGAAGCCAGACGAGCGAGACAAGCGAGACUACUCCAUCUUGAAUCUUUAAAAUCAGAUGCUUCAAGCUCUGUUAUGUUGAGUCUCCUCUCUUAAUAUGUGAUUAGAAUGUUCAGAAGGCUGUUCUUGCUUGGUUAUCCUAUAUAUAUAUAUUGAAUCUAUUGUAUAGAAUGAAGCAGAGAGUUAUUUCA